AUGGUUGCUAAAAACAAAAGAUUAAGAACCAAAGUCCAAGCUAAACUGAAACAACAAGAUCAAAAUCAAAAAAAUCAAAGUGAUCAGAACGAAGAUGUUAUAAUACCCCAAGAAGAUUCCAACAAAGCCUUUUUAUAUCAACAUAAAGAUACAAAAAAACUUAAAAGUUUGAAAAAAUCUAAUGAUUUUAAAUCACAGAUAUUAAAUAAAACUAAUAAUAGUGGAGGCGCUGCUUCCUUAGAUAGUGGCAGCAUCUCUAAAAGUUCCUUAAGACGUAGAAAAAGAAAAUUACGCCAAGAAUUAAAGCCAAAGCUAAACGAUUUAUUGGUAACUUUAGAAGAAGAAGGUUUGGUGGAAAAUAAACAACAUAAUGAGAGUGGAUCAACUGCAAAAUCCAGUGCUGUCCUUAAUAUUGUGGAAAUACCACCAAAUCCAAAACAUAUUAAAAAUAUUAAUGACGCUGCACCUUUUAUAGAAACGAAAAAAAACCAGCCAAGUCUAAGAAAUCAAAGAGGUGCCCAAUUGUUACAAAAAACUGAAUCAAAGAGAUUCCAACAAGUUUUAGGAAACAAAGGGUUUCAGUCAAAUCCAUUUGAAUCUAUUAAACAGAUUAUUAAAAUGAAAAAAUAG